UUUCAGUCAGGUGUUAACUUUCAGGCAUGCUGGUGAGAUUGUUGGCCGGACUAGAGGUCCGUAGAUUUACGAGAAAAAACUUCAGUUAUUUACCGUGAUAAGACUGUCAAAUAUAUAAAUAAAUAUUUUUGAAUCUGUGCGGUAUUCGGGCCGAUAAGAAAGACACAGUUUUUAUUUUGGUUGUGGACUUACAGUAGAUGACCGGUUUUUGGAGUGAGUUUAGUGACUGAACUGAUUAUUUUGAGAAUUUCAGUUGGUGUCGUUUGAAUAUAUGCUAAAAGUGUAAUGCCGAGGAUAGAGAUGCUGCCUCACCACUUCGACUGCGCAAACUCAAACGACUCGCCCUCGCGCUCGCUCGCGUGCAGUCCGAUCGUAGCGGAGUCGAGUCGCAGUGCGAGUCCCGCGUCGCCGCACUCGACCGAUGUGCCCGUUUCGCGGCACAGCGCAUUUUCUCUAGUCUAUCCGAAGGAUCUUAGGGCCAAAGGAUACCUAAGCAGUGUGGGUGCAUUAAUGUACGCCAAUUCCUUAAACUCUCUAGUCCCCAGCCCGUAUCCCCCAUAUCUCUGGCAUCCUCUUCCCGGCCUAUUUUUACCAUACAGCCCCGCCCAAAGACCCGAAUCCCUUAGUCCCGAUCAGGCCACGCCCGUCGACGUGGGAUGUACACCAGAAAAAGCCAAAAUAGAAGAAGAUGCCCCCCUGAAUCUGUCCUUAAAAGGGCGUUCAAGGACGCACAGUAUAUGGUCGCCGGGGAGUUUGUGCGAACAAGAAAUGAAAAAUGUGGUGACGUCGAAAGCGGCGAGUGACUCCACCGUCGUAAUUAAUCCCGCGAAACUGCUGGACACCGCUGGACGGUGGAAGUGGGACCACGAGAAGGAUUUCCACGCGAAAGCCCAACACCAUACCAUUGGGCCUAGCGGGGAAAAACAAUUCACGUGUCAACAAUGUGGCAAGUCCUUCAAACGCUCUUCAACAUUAUCGACGCAUCUUCUUAUUCACUCGGACACACGACCUUAUCCUUGUCAAUACUGUGGCAAACGGUUUCAUCAAAAAUCGGACAUGAAGAAGCACACUUACAUUCACACAGGUGAAAAGCCACAUAAGUGCGUCGUAUGUUCAAAAGCCUUUAGCCAAUCAUCGAAUCUAAUUACGCACAUGCGUAAACACACCGGCUACAAGCCAUUUUCCUGUGGACUUUGCGACAAGGCCUUUCAGAGGAAAGUCGAUCUCAGAAGACAUCGGGAAUCUCAACAUCCUUCUGUGCCUGAAUCCGUUAUUAAUUCGAUUUAUAGGCCAACCGAUCUGUCUAUUACUGAAAUCGGUUUAAAUAAUAAUAAUUAAGUUGUAAUGGUAUAUUGAGAAAGUGUGUAAACAUGUUUGCUGGCUUAACAUGCUGAAUGCAAGUACAAACAUAAAUGAUAUGUGCCAUACAUAAUCAGUCCCGUGACUAUGUUGCCAUAUCUAUAAUUUGAGGGGCCAUGAUAACGAGUCCGUCCAAACGUUUCCAAAGUCUAAUUUGUUAAAAAAUUUAAAUGCGAUGUACAGGAUGGCCACUAUGGUAUUCAAACGGCUACAAAGUGGGUUAAAUUGGAAAAAAGUUGUAUAUAAAAUCGGAUUUUAUUCUUUCUAAAUUCCUUUUUUUUUGAGAAAUUUAGAGACGCCUAACAACAAUAAAAAUAUUUGUUGAUGGCUGAACUUUUUCCUUACGCUACACCUGUCCUUUUCCUUAGGCUUAAAACACAUGAUGUUAGAUGGCAAAAAUAAUGUAUUCUACGCUAUUGGAGCAUUGCUAGUGGCGCGCCCCUCACGGCGUUAAGGCCCAAAAUCUUCGCAAACAACAAAUUACAGCUACUCGUUUUUAAUAAUUUGAAACUUAUAUCCAAUAAUAUCCAACAAUAAAGGAAUAUCCAAUCCAGUCAGAACGCAGCAUAUGUCGGUUGCAACAAAAUUAAACAGGUCCUAUUUUUUAAAACUCUUAUGGAAUUUUAAUAAAGAUUUUUGUGGAUAUCUAAGUUGAAUUUAUCGAUCGAGAUUUUAAACUCCUACAAUAAAUCCAAAUAAGUAAUUAAUUUGCAGACAAUUAACAUGCUGCGUUCUCAAUUUGCUUGCUUACAAUCGAUCGAAUCAACAUUUUUUAAUAACCUUCGAUCAGACCACAGAUCUUUUAGUUAAAACGUCAACGCAUUUUUUAAUAUUAAACAAUUUUAUUAAUUUUUUGAUAAAAUAUCGCAUUAUCAACACAUCUGACUGAAUUUAUUGUGUACCAAUGCCAAUGGUGAGUAAUCAUAUCAAAAUUAUACAUCCAAUUUUUUCCAAUUUAAUCAUCUUUUAAUAUUGUCACGUGAAAAUGAUUGGCCAUCCUGCAUAUAUAUAUUUUUUAUUGUAUAAAUGUAAGAAUAAACUAUAUUGUAAAUACGAAAUGAUUCAAUCAUGCUAGUCUAAGAAAAUAAUCCACAUUAAAAAUGUAUGAAAACUGUUACCAUUUAAAAUGUAAAAAGUGCAAAUAAGUUUAUAAUAUAAAAAAAUUAUUAUAAAAUUUUAGUUAAAUUUAUGUUUUUUUUCUUGUUAGUCGCACUUUAGUUUUCCUUUUAUUUGCACUUUACGAGUUUUACUAAGGAGAAUUCCGGAUUAGUGUUAGUGGAGCCUUUUUAGUAAAACUUCAUACAGCUUAAAAACCAAAGACUUGUAAAGUAAAUUGUAGUUCUUUUUUUCUUUUUUUUUUGUAAAUAAUCGACGGCUUGUAGAAACUUUUUUCUAUUUACUGGAUUUUGGGGCCAUAUUAGUAGAAAUUAUUACGUAUUAGUUGAGUUAUUGAUUUUUACAUAUCGACACGAAAGUUGUAUUUUUGAAAUAAAACUUUUGAUGGUU